AUGAAUAAUUUCCACAGCUAUGGACCUGUUCAGCACGGGACUGUGUCUUUGGUGACUGGAAUAUUUUUGGGUGGAUAUGUUGCAAACCGAGGAGAGUCAACCGUAGACAUCGUUCGAUUGCUGCAACGAGCAUUGUGUGGAGCCCCAACAGAAAGUCAAAUCCAUUUACCUGGAGUUUUACAUGCGUUGGAUCGAGGCUAUCAGAGUCUGGCAGUCAACAAGCAGAUUAUUAACGUCGGGGGAAGUAUUGUUGGUACUCAUAAACGCACCGGCAAGUUCCCGUUUACACACGGAAAAGCUGCUACGCAGCAUCAAAAGCUCGUACAGAUGAAAGGUGAACGCUGUGCGUUUUGGGCCACUCAGCGUCUGCCGACCGUACGAGGGACUUUGCCAAAGCAUGCACACGCGCUUGCGUAUCGCAAUGGACUGGGAAAGGUAGCUUUGUGCUACACUGCUGCCACAAACGUAGGUUCAGGAACCUGGUCUUAUAUAUCGCGCCCAAGCAAGCAAGUUACAAAGCAGUGUAACAACCAGCUCUUCGAAGAUUUCGAAGAUGGUGUCCAGCAGCUGACAGUGGCACAGCGCACAGCGGAAUGGUUUAUCUUGCGGAAGUUCCGCAUUACGGGCUCUGUUGCAGGCAAAGUGUUUAAAGCAAUUGCUUCUAGCCGUCACGAAGUUCGAGACAAUGUUGCUCCACUUACGGACGAUGCUGAUGUGAUGACCAUAUUUCUCAUCCUAGGAUUGAUUUCAAACCCCGCAAAUUCUGGUGACUACGGCGAAGAUCAACACGGCCACCACGAUAUAGUUCGUACACCUUUCGAUUGUAAUGAGCUAGCUCGAAAGACGGGCCAAGAACUCAAGAAGUUGUGCCGUGACUUGUCCCUUCAAGUAUCUGGGAAAAAGCAAGAACUGAUAGAUCGCUUGCUUGCUAUUGGUAACGAGCCCGUUGUUGGCGAUGCAGUGUAG